UUUUGUAAGCAUUCAAGCUUGACAAUGCCUCGUUAUGAUGAUCGAUAUGGCAACACCCGUCUUUAUGUUGGUCGGUUGUCUUCGCGCACACGUUCACGUGAUCUAGAACGGCUGUUCAACAGAUAUGGAAGGUUUCUUGGGUUUGGUGGCCUUACUUGGAGGUCUAUGGUGGGAGGGUGACCUUGGUGGAAUUGGUGGAAAUUUUGCCGAGUGUGGCCUUGGUGGAAAAUCUUGCCGAGUGUAUAGGAGACUUUGGCGAUUCUUUCUGUAGUCUUAUUGCUUGUUUUAUCGAAAUGGCAACAGUCUCAAUCUGGUGUUUAGUUUGUCUGUGACGGGCGAAGUAUCAUACACUUGAAGUUCUUAAAGUAAUGAUAGCCUUACUGUUUCUGGAAACCGUUUACGCAGAGUACGUGAUGUGGACAUGAAGCGGGAGUUUGCUUUUGUUGACUUUAGUGAUCCUCGAGAUGCUGAUGAUGCAAGAUAUAGCUUAGAUGGUCGGGAAUUUGAUGGAAGUCGUCUCAUUGUAGAAUUUGCAAAAGGGGCACCACGUGGUUCGCGGGAAUAUUUAGGCAGAGGUCCUACUCCUGGAUCUGGACGUUGCUUUAAUUGUGGCAUUGACGGCCACUGGGCUCGUGAUUGCAAGGCUGGGGACUGGAAGAAUAAGUGCUAUCGCUGUGGAGAAAGAGGCCAUAUUGAAAGGCAGUGCAAAAAUAGUCCAAAGGAAUUAAGUCGCGGGCGGAGUCGCUCACCAGUUGGAUCACGUUCUCGCCGUGGAAGAAGCCGUAGCCCAAGUUACAGCCGAAGCCGCAGCUAUAGCCGUUCAAGGUCCCCAGCAAGGAGAGGGCGAAGUGAGGAUCGCUAUGACAGAUCACGGAGCCCUUCUUACAGGAAGAGUCCACUGCCCUCAAAAGGAGGGAGGAAGCGCAGCCUGACACCUGAUGUAGACAGUCCUCGUGGGAGACGUAGCCCUUCCCCCAGAAAUGGUAGGAUGGAAAUGGAGAAAGAGGGCUCUGAUUACAGCCCUAGGGUAAGAAGUAGAAGUCCGGUUAGCCCCAGGUUAAAGAGCAGAAGUCCUGUUAGCCCUGGUAGAGACAGCCCUGUUGUCAGGAAGUAUCCAAGCCCUUCUGUAAGCCGAUGGUCGCGGUCGCAGUCCCAGUCCUGAUCGGAGCCCCGUCGCUGAUUAUGAUGAUGACAACCGUCGCACUCCCAGAGGCAGCGAGUCACCUUAGGGUUCUGGGGAAAAGAAAUGUCAUUUGCUCGGGUAAACUUUAAUAUAAAUGUUAGUUUUCUUGUUGAUUGUAUUUAACUUGGUAUUCUCUCUUUCUUGUCGGACUAGUUUUGGUCAUAUGUUGUGUUGUCGGACAGUCUAGUAAAAAUGUAUCUUGUUAUUCAGAA